GAACGUCAAUGGCGCUCUCGGUCCAGCUGAAUGAGAGCGAAAAAUAUGAAAAUACCAGGAUAAGAUUGAUGAGGUCGGCUGGAAAUAACCAGCUUAAGCAGCAGCCUGGCAGGUACAACCCUGGAGCAAAGCCUUUUGAACCCAACACGUUUGAUCUGGAUACAUACCAGGAAAGGGUGGAGUUAGGUGGGUCAAAGGAGCAGUUCAAGAAUUUGGCACCAGGAUAUAAAAAUGGCCAGAUUGCUACAUUCCAGCCUUUCCCUCAUUCAAACUCAAUGCAGACAGGCUCACAGCUGGUGUCCUCAGAUACACAGCAGACUGCCUAUCCUGAAUGGAGUCACAUGACAUACAGUUCCAAAAAUGCACAAAAACUUGAACCUGACCAUGCAUCACCAUUUUCCUUUGCUUUCCCGGAUCAUCAAAAUAUGGGACUCAACAGUUGCUCUAACGACAAACUUUCAGCUUUUGAUGACCUUGUCAACAAGAUAGUUGAUGAUGAUUCAUCCCUUUUCUCAACCAGCCUCUUUGGAGAGUUUAAUGAAGAAACUCAGUCACAGGCCACCUCAGAUGUCUUUUCCUUUGAUGGUUCACCAGGUUUUGCAUCUGGAAGUGUGUGGUCAACCGGCAGCGAGGGUACACCUUCUGGAAAGUCAGAUAAAAACUCCACGUCGUAUGGAAGUUUUGAGCAUGCUUCUAACAUGACUCAAAAUUUAUGGGAUGAAAACAGCUUUUCCUCUUCGCAUGUUUCAGACACAUCAGAUCACUUUUUUUCACAGGGUUUUAAUGCUAAGGAGGCAUCCCGACUUCCCAGUGGCCAGAUCAAUGAAAACUCCUUUCCCCAACAAUUUCAAGCUCAAUCUGAAUAUAGUGGAAAGCAAAAAUUGGACAGGUCUUAUCAACACAUGAACAAUGAUAUGUUCAACGAAAUGUCCUCACCACAGAAUUUUGCCACAUUCCAGAAUCACUUAAAGUUAAAACCUUUUCCUUCACAGCCAGCAAUCAGUUCUGCUUUUACUUCAUCAGCCCAUGACACUUCACCAAAGAUUCACCAUUCUCAGGAACACAGUAUGGCUCAAAGCGCCUUUCAAAGUGCUGUGGCUCAGCAUGUCAAUGCAGCAAAACAAACAUAUCCAGGCGGAAGUGAGCCCUUCAGCUUCAAGAAAAACAAGACAUUCCAGACAACCCCAAGCAAGACUGACGAUCAACCUCCAGAUGUUGAGAAGCAGAUGUUCAACUAUUUGCCAUCAUCUAACUUCAAUUCUCACAAUGCAGCAGCCUUGAAACACCAGCACUCUUCCCAGCAACAUAUGCAGCAUGACAAUGAUUUUAUGCACCCUAUUCAUGUUAAUACACAUACUCCAGUCAGUUAUCAAAGUAACUACAGUCUGUCUGACCCUAGUACUCCUAGUUCACCAGGGGAAGGAAAUGUUCCCCAAGAAAGACCACAGCAUCAGUCAGACACCUCCAGUGGCAAUAUUCAGGUACCUGGCCAUUUCCUGAACAAAAUGCAGAACCUGAAAAAGGAUUAUGUGCCAAUCAGCUCAUCUACUCCUCUCAGCAGAGAGAAACAUGGAUUGCAGAAUUUUAUUCCUCAUGGUUUCUACAAUCGAAAAAUGAAAGGAUUACCACAUGAUAUGUUCUCCUCUCCAAACUAUGACCGCUGGUCUGCUGACCAGGUUGGUAGAGAGACCCACCACCCUGCACUCGGCAAUCUUGAUCACAUUUCUCCAGAGUUACUCCCCUUUGCCUUUGACCAUGACCAAGUUGACAAACAGAAGUUCCUUGAAGAAUGUCUCCUCCAUGAUCAAGGUCUCCGACACUCCCUGUCUCAUCAUCAGCAUCUCCUCCACUAUCCUCCCCACCCUCUCUUCAGUCCUUCCCAUGGUGCCUUGCCUGCUGAAGCAUUUGACUACUUUCCAAUUGAACCUUUGCCCAGAAUUGCACCUGGAUUCAUCCCCGAAAUGCUCUACCCUGACUUCCCACAAUAUGUCUUAGGCCUCCAUCCUGGCUUCUUUCAAGGAAUGCGUUCUUUCAGGAGAAGUGGACCCUCCAAUGAACUUCAUCUUAAGCUAGAGGAGUGUUAUGAGCAGUUCAAGGCAAUUGAGAAAGAAAGAAAGAAGACGGAAGCAGAACUAGCCAGACAGAAUCCAGGAAAGAAAGUAUCAAGUGCCAACAAUAUUGUCAUUCCUCGACUACCAUCAAACCCUUCUAGAGUGGAUCGACUUAUUGUGGAUUCCUUCAGGGAACACGCAAGGAUUAUAACACUGAUUGAUAAGAUGGAAAAACUAAGAACAAUAUCCAUCCAUGCUAAUGUCCACUCCUCCCUUGACAAGUGGUUGGAGGGUAUCAGGAAAGUCCAGGCUAGAAGGAAGGAGGAAAUCGUUAAUGCUGCCAAUAGACAUCGAGCAGGUGUUUCGCGCCAUCAGGAAGAUAAAGAUGUAUUGGCUUUGGCUGCAAGUAUCAGUGAACUUACUGCGCACACUCGACGAGCUAGAACAGCAACAUGGUGUGCCCUGCAGAUGUCAGAUAAGGAAAAUCCACUGAUUCCACAAGCUGGUGUAAAUGUGCAAAGCCCAGUCAACAUUGAAGCUUUUGUGAAAGUACCCGACACUGGCAACCCAGUUAAUGAAGAAAAAGAAGAAAAUAUUACAGUGGGAACACAGUGAGGUGCUGAAAGGGUUCAGCAACAACCUCAAAAUUUGGAAAUCCGUUGGAUGUGUAAGACAUAUUUGUUACUGUUGCAACUACCAAUUUUUGGAAAAAUUGAUGUAGUUGACUGUUGUACACUGUUCAAGUGAGCUGCGCACUGCAAGCUUGUUUAAAGGAUCGGCAAAGGCAAACAGGGUUAGUGCUUAUUGUUGAACAAAGUUAAUCUCUGAAAUGCUGGUUGAGUAAUAAUAAUAGAGCAAUAUGAACUUGGACAAGCAUUUGACAGGUAUCGUAGCUUGUGAUAUAUAGGUUUAGAUUGACCUUUAUAGAUUUGUGAUAGUAUUUGAAGUUUAUUGUUUUGUUGGAUUAACCAGAGAAUGCUAACAUGUGCCUAGUUCAUUAUGAGUGGUUUUUGUAAAGCUACUGAGGUGAUUUCAAGUCAGACCUUUGGAAUAUUGAGCAUUUUUGUUAACACCGGUGAAUCUCAUGUAUUUGAAUAAUCUGACUUCUUGUUUCAUCAUAAUUUGUAUUAUAUAAGUUUAUCAUAGAAGGAUAAGAUUGAAGUCUCAGUUUUGAACCAGCAAGUCAUAUAUUUCCGUCCAAUUCAGACAUGAUUGUCUCUUCUGAAAAUUUGAUUAUCAGAUAUUUUCAACCACAUAACCAAUCGGGUCAUGAAUGUAUUAUCACAUGUAUGAAGAAUAUUUAUAAAUAGUAAUUAUUUUCAUUGUAUUUUCAAUUGUUUGCAGAUCUUACAUGCUUCUAGAGCAAGCAGUUCAUACUUUGAUUUUUAGAAGUAAAGAAGAUCUGAACUGAAGGUUGUGAAUAUUGACAUGUAAUCUGCAUACAUGAGUUUUAGCAAAUUUGACCAAUAUUGAUAUCGACUAUGAGUUCAAAGCGAACUCAUAGAAAUUCCAUAAUAUAUAUAUAUAUUUCUUACAAAGUCCAUUCUCUCAAGUAUUGACUGAAUGGAAUCCAACAUUUGGAACAGCUAUACCUGUUAAUGUUCAAGUAUUGAAAUAGAGAUAUUAAUAAGACCAUCACAAUGUUUUCUCAGCCAGUUGAGCUACAUAGUCCAUAGGUUAUUUAUAUGUACACAUAUCAGAAUAUCAGAAGUCAUAACCUAUAUAACACUUUCAGAUCAUAGUCUGUUUUCUCAUUUGUCUUGCUUAAACUGUGUAAGGACGUUAUUAACUUUACAUAGAUGCUUGUGUAUACUUUGAUUUCAUUCAUAUGUAUUUAAUGAUAUGUGAAUAUUUUAUUCAUCAGUGUUGACUUGAACACUGUCAGAAUACCUUACAGAUAAAACA